UUCAAAUUCGAAAUUAAAAUUUAGGAAAGUGUCAAUCAGACUUUUUUGAACGCACCGGUCAUUAGCACAUCUUAAGACGCUAAAAUCGAUAUUCAUGUCUCUGUUGAAGCUAAACUGGAAGAUUAUAUUGUCUGCCUUGAAAUGUCGCAAGUGCCUGGAAAGUGAACGGAUUCUGUAGAGUUUUAAUAAACAAAGAACAGCGAUGAACGGUGAAUUGUACAGGUAAUUUGAAUGCUGUUGUGAAAGUCAUUAAUAUUAUUCAACGUUUUUUAAUUAAGCGUUCGAUCGACAGUUAAAAAAUGUAUAAAGAUUCAAACGUAUUGCAGAAAGCAAAGCGAUUUUUUUAUAAAGUCUAAAAACAUUAUUUUUUCUGGUGGUUUUUAUCUGUGAACGAUCUGUUGUAGGGCGUAAGAUUACGAUUCAUAUUGACGUAGGUGAGAGCAGUUCCCCCCACAGCGCAGGUGAAGCUAGAUUUGUUGAAAUCACGGGAUAAUUUUACGUGGAAAUCCAUUAUCUUGAACGUGAAAUUAGCCUAUUUGGAUGUAAGAUAAAAUAUCUUGCUUUGAUAUUUUUAAACACCAGAUUUAUUCUUUCUUUCCUCUCUGUCAAUGCUGUAAUGCAGUUUUAAGCAUAACAGACAUGUUAAAAUUGAGUGUGGUUCUUUUCACGAUCGAGUUAGUUUUAGUUCGUAUUUAAUGGAACUGAAAUUAUGCAACCUCGAGUUGCCUCACAGUUCAUCAUCAAUGUGAUUGAGAAGCGCAUUUUUAGCAAGAUUGAAGAACACUUCCUUAACCGAAUUUUUCCACUUAAAAAGCGCAAUUCUCCUGUUCGCAAGUGAAACGUGACGUGUUGUAACAAUAGCGUAUUUUUAAAACGAAGACAAGUUUUAAGAUGCCAUCCCGCUGGCUGUUUCGUCACAAAACAAUAUAUCUUCUGCAGGUGCGGUACUUUGACUUGCUUUUGAGAUCUAAUCUUUGCAGGUAAAUAGCUCUGCGUUGGAACCUCAUUCAACCCUUUCGGCACGAUUUCGCCUUUCACGCCUACUUAAGGAAUCAUGAUUUUAAGGAAACAUGACCAGCGAAUUUCUGGAUAAAGAUUAUAAAAGAAGGUGAAUGCGUCAGUAAUCUUAUUUUAUAGUUGCGGAUCAUUUUACGAAAAUGUAUUUUUUGGCUAGUAACCUUUAUUGUUAUAUUUAGCCAGCCAUAUUUUAAACAAAGGCAAAACCGUAUUUCGAUCUUCACUUUAGUUUUUGUAUAUAAAUGAAUCGCUUACUAGUAGUAACAAAAACCGAAUAACAAAGAUUGCGUUUUUUUGCUGGUAACUCUUUUUGAGCAGCCAGUUACUUAAUAUGUAGGAUAAACAAAUGAAAACAGCAAACUGUAUUUCGUGUUCCACUUCAAUCAAUCGUUUACCAAUGAUAUAUAUCAAAAAUUAAGAAAACUCUUCCGCGCACUAAAUAUCAGACCUGCUUGUGACCGCCAUCGUUUCUCUAGAGUGUCCACAAAAAUAAUUUUUUUCAAAUGAUGAUCUUUUUUUAUCCAAGUUUCGUUGGACUGAGCGAACGCGUUCAACUAACAGAUUAUCGUACUGACAUCUCGUAGUACUGGUUAGAGACCGCCUUUACUACCGAAUCUGAAAUAUUAGACGCAGAUGUGAACAAUGGCUAAAUGUGGAAAGCGAAAUACUAUCAAGCGGCAACUUAUUAUGAAUUUGUCGGCUUAAAAUAAAUCUUUCUUAUGCGGAUUGAGUCCCCCUUUCUUAAAAUGAAUACCAGUUUCAUUUUCAACAGCUAUCGUGACCUACAAGCUCAAAUAAAAGAAAGAUUUUACCGUAGUGGACGUGUCGACGAUUCUCUGCAUACAAGGACAAACAGUCCCUCCGGCGGUUCAAAUAAAAGUUACUAAGGAACGCUUCCUUUUGCUACUUUAUAUUAAGAAGUGGGAGUAGGUUAUAACUUUUUAGUGACGGUGUGAACUAAAAAUCUAGCUGAAUUCUAGCUUAAAUGACCAGUCAAAUGAAAUGAGCAGUAUUUUCCCGCGGUGCGGCUGUUUUUUGUUUUAGUCAUGCCAAACAAGGUCUUUUUAGGCAAACCCAUUGAUAAAUCAACGGCGGGAGUCCAUCUACAGGAAAACUACAAUUGUGCUUUAUGAAUUCUGUGCGGUAAUUGUAGAAGGUGACUUAAGGCCAGGCCUAUUUAUGCGGGGAGGAGCAAUUCUAACCUGAAGAUUACGACAUAGCAACCGAAACAUUCACACCGAAGAUGUGUAACGUGAGUUAACAAGGACAAGGGAGUCUAUAACUAGGAACUUUCAACUUCUAUGAACAUGUCAAGGUGUUUAAACAAACAGCUUAUUUUUAGAUCAGCUUUCCCACGAAUUUCCGUCGACGUCCAAAGUUCUGUAAUCCUAUAAGGCGUUCACUUUUCGGGAGCUCAAAAGCAGGCGAAACGACCAAGAAAGAAAAAAGGAACGCUUCGGUGUCACCAAUCUUUUCGAGCGUUCCUUUCUGAUCCCUCUCGAACAAAAAGAACGCCUGAUCGCAACAGGUUAACUACUGGAAUUCAACAAAUACAUAUAGGCUGGAAAAUGUUAACCUUGUGGGGAUAAAAAUUGGUCACAAUACUAAUGCCGCUCUCAGCUCCGUGGACUAGAACGUACACAUUAUAUAGUCGAAUCUUUAUCUGCUCCCCAUUACAUUAAGCAGUAGCCUGUUCCAGGCUCCGAGAUAGUCGGGUUCGCAAAAUUAAGAAAGCGCGAACACGAAAAUAAACCAGGGGGAAGCUGGGGAGAGGACGUACACGUGCCUUUCACUUGCGCGCCAUCCCUAUUAUCUGAGAGCUUGGGACAAACCAGGAUGGAAGGGUCCAGCGAACUUAAACAAUAUGCGAAAAUCGAACAAAAAAUAAACUAAUUUGCAACUUCUUUAAUCUGAAAUAUUAAAAGACAAAGAUGAUUACCUUGAUGCAACUUUCACAGGUUGCACUAAACAGAUUUGUCUUUCUUCCUUUUUUAUUUCUUCUUCUCUUUUUCUUUGCUUUUUACUUAUUAUCUGUAAUAUCUGAUUUGUAAUAUAACUAAUUUGGCACGUCUCGACUAGCAUUUUUCUUUUGCUAACUGCGUGGCAAGAAAUUGUACUUUCAAGUCAUGAUAAUAAGUGACUUGUCUUGUCUAAAUGGUAAUAGGAAUACCAUUUUCCUGAUGCCAGAAGAACAGCUGUAUUCAUGUAUCGUAAUAAGAAUGUCAGAAUAAUUCAACAUGUUCAGUAUUUAUGCAGGAAAACAAGUGCUUCAACUAAUUCAACCUGUGUCUCGUUCGGUGAAUAGGUACUGUAAAACAUUAGCAAAAACAUUAUUAAAAAUUCAUUGCUGUAUUCACAGACGGGCCAAUGGGAAAACCUGUUUUGAUGCGGCCACCUAACGUUUUCGAACUUAGCAACUGACAUUUAAACUAACACCUUUUUCCUCAUUGUCAUAUUUAACAUCAAGAGGGAUAUUUCAGUUGAGUAUAUGAUUAGGAGAACGAUAUUGUUUCAACUCUACCUGCGAUCGCUUGAAAUUGUAUUUUAAUAGCGCAUUUUAAUCAGCAUCGUCGUGUGUUAUGAUCAAUAUCUUGUCGAAACAACCUAGGUGACAAACAACGAAAGAAACCAUUAGGGUUGCAUUUGAUUAUUUCUGCAUUGUUAGAAGACAACAGGAUAUCUUUUAAAAGGAGGCCGAACACUUGAGCAUUUGUUAUGAUGUUUUAUUUGAGUUAUUGAGCGGCGUUUGUUACCGUAUUUAUGCCGCGUUGUAGAGUGUAACAUGCAGGAUAAAAAGCCUUGACCGGAAAAGAUCGCACUCGUCGUUUUAUUGAAACCUGACGGGCACAAUUCAUGUUUUUAGCUCGAAAUUAAAAUGGGAUUUUAUUCUCUUAAUGCUGCAGUUGAGCCGUCCAAGAAUUGUGCUUUGAAUGUGACUACGCCGAGGAUCGAACACCACUAGUUUAAUGGUAAGUCAACCUGGCUUAAUGAGAACUCAUUCAGUGAAUAAUCCCUAAUUGAAGCUGUAAACUACAUCCUUCCCACUCACUUAACGGUAUAUUUUAUUCGUAUGCAUUGAAGCUUAUCCUUUUAAAGAAACUAUUAUAACCAAUCGUGUUUACAAAAUGACUGCUUUUGUAGCGAAAAAAUGGCGGCCCUCAAGGCAAUGCGUAUAAAUUCAAUACUGGCUUUGCCACAAUGCUUCCUUAAUUAAGGUUACUUCAUUAUAACUGACUUUUAAAAUUCGCUUCUAGAGGUAUUUACAAUGUCGUAACGUGCAACUUGAGAGGAACCACGCUGAUAAUUCACAUUUAAAUUGCAUUCAUUCAUUAUUAAUUCACUGAAAUUGUAGGUUAGAUUUAAUCCUUCAAGCACUAUGGAUUUUGCAGAAAAAGGCAAUGAGUCAUUUCGACAAGAGUUUGUGUGCCCUGUGCGUAGUCAAUGAAAUUAUUCCAGCUCUGACUUCAUAGAUGUGUGCCAGGUUAACAUAUUGAUGUUUGGACUGACUUAGAAUCCUCUCUGUAUUUUACAUGUAUAUCACUGUUAAGUAUAAAGCAUAAUGUGGAGGUAGCGGCUGGGGGGGGGGUAUGAAAAACGAAUUGACAUCGGCUUGCACUUGCCUAAAAAAAAAAAAAGUUUCCUCAUGAUCCUUUUUUCCUGCUUAUGUUACCCUUAUCUUUUCAAUCAGGGCAGCAACUACGUCUUAGAUAGUCACCCAGACUCUACAACUACAGAAUGAUAAGCAACCUAGGCUCUAUACCAGCAAAGUCACCGUACAAAAGGGAGCGGCGUUCCUCAACGUUACCUCGUCGCCAGUCUUCGGGAUAUGCGUGUUUACAAGGACUAAAACGACGGCGCCCAGACGCCAAGGUCAUCUUUAACGUCGGAGGCCGUCGAUUUGUCACGUGGAGGAACACGCUUAAGCGUUUUCCUGAGACGCUUCUGGGUUCGGAGGAACUAGUAGCGCGCUUUUAUGACAAGGAUAAAAAGGAGUAUUUUAUAGACCGCGAUCCACAUUUGUUUCGUUAUAUCUUGAAUUAUUAUCGCUGUGGGAAGCUGCAUCGUUCGUUCGAAGACUGCAAUGCUUCUUUCGAAGAAGAGCUACAGUUUUAUGGAAUCACUCCACAGGAAAUUCACGAGUGUUGCUUUGAUGACGAACACGAUCAAGAGAAUCACGAAGGAAGCAAAAGUUCUGCUUCGGACUUAAAGAGUACAGUUGAGAAGCCCGUAAAUCAAAGUCGUCUAUCUCGAGCGCGUAACUGGAUGUGGGUGCUAUUGGAGGGUGAAGCACAAUCCGGUUUAAAGGCGUUCGUUGGCAUGGUGAUCAUAUACAUUGUAGGGCUUUUUAUACUCCUCAGCAUUUUUACUACCGUCUACGAAACAGUUCCCUGUGAAAGCGAAGAAAAGCUUUGCAAGGAAAGAGUAAGAAUUCUAGAUCUUUUAGACGUCAUUUGCGUAUGUGUAUUCUCAGUGGAGUUCUCUCUCAGACUCAUAGUCUGUCCAAGCCUUACUAGCUUCGUUAAAAAUCCAAUGAAUAUUAUCGAUCUUUUAUCGAUUUUACCUUUCUAUUUGACAAUACUACUACAGUCAGUGGUGGGGUCGAACUUAGAGGCUUUCGUAGUUCUUCGAGUAUUGAGAAUUUUUAGAGUUUUCAAGCUUACAAGACAUUCCAAACGCCUUCAAAGAUUUGGUGCCGCUAUGGUUAGCUGCGUGACGGAUCUCAUGUCGCUAAUGUUUGUAUUGAUUAUAGCAGUUGUUGUAUUUUCAAGCAUGAUGUACUUUAUUGAACGUAAAGCAGUGGAUGGAAAGUUCACUAGUAUCCCUGACAGCAUGUGGUAUACAAUUGUGACAAUGAUUACACUUGGGUGAGUGAGUUUAUUACUUUGUUUUCUGCUCAGGUAUUUUCAAGCAAGCUUAUCUCCCCCGGCGAGAUAGGCUCCGAUCCUGCACCCGGCCAUUUGUAAAGUUGUAAGAUCCCUCGGGUUUCACAAUGUUACCACACUGAUAGAGGCAAAAGGAUUGCGCUAGGGAGAUUACCCGGAGAGAAAUUGUAGAGAGACAAAGGGGUAGCAACGACUUUCCCCUCCUCCCUUUUUACUAUUUAUGCGAGCGCAUUUGUGUAAACCCGCAAAGUCGACAAGGGAAUCUUGGAAAAUUUCGGUAGAACAACUUGCGCGUCUCGUUUAAUCAUGGUAAACGAUGGUCGUUAAAUUUUUCUGUGUUCAUCACCAUACAGUACGCUAUCGAUAUUGCUGAUCCCAGCAGAACACGUGUCAUAUAUAUAUUGCUACCAAGACAAACUCGCUUCCUGUUUUUUCCCACUGCAGUCUUGUAGUGGCGGGCCUAUGUAAGAGUCUCCAUAGCUUGGUGGAUCAGCCCACGUGGUGUCUGGGAGGUUCAAAUCCUGUCAGAAACACAAGAUUAAUUCUAUGUCGAACGCUUGUGACUUGCUGACGAAUUAAAUCUCUCGCUCACUCAUUACUGCGCUUAAUAUUUUCCAUCAUUCUCUUGGUAUAUUUUCCAGGUAUGGCGACAUGGUUCCUUCUACCCUUCUAGGCCAGGUGGUUGGAGCUGCUUGCUGUGUAGCGGGAGUAAUCCUUGUUGCACUUCCAAUUCCAAUUAUCCAGGAAAAAGACAUUUUCAAAAAGCAAAUGCUCAGUGUUUAUAAUGUAGACGAUUUGCAAGCGAAGAUCAAGCAGAUGAGAAAGAAAGCGGAGAGAACUGAAAGACCUAGAGAUACAUAAACUUUAACUUCUGCUUAGAAGAAAAGAAGCGUCAAAAUGAAAUUCAUGCGACAAACGAUCACUAUUCAUCAAAAGCUACCAACAGACAAUAACGAGAUAGAGGGAAUCAUAGGGCGUCGGCCGGGAUAUGUGAAUUUCAGUAAAGUUAUUUUUAGAGGUUGUAAUUAAUCGAAAGUCUAAUUCCUGGGACGUCCGCACAGUUUAAUCGAUUGUUUGUCAUCAAACAACUACGCGGGACUGCUCAAAAGCAAACAAUGCAAAACAUUGUCAUGGUGACACACUAAAGGAGCAUAAAAUCCCCUUAUUCUCU